AUGAAGAGAGUGCGUCCGUGCGGAGGGGCGGAAUCACGAGCGAGGAUCCGUGCAUUGUGCCUGAAAAGGGUGGCGGUUUCAUUUGCCGUCGAGCCGCGUCCGAUCCCGGACCUCAAAGGAGGCAUCAGCCAGCUGCACGUAGGUGAUAAGGACAAGGUGUUGCGCUCAUGGCCAUUACGAGAUCAAGGCGGAGUGCAGAAAAUGAAUGCUCCCUUGUGGCAUGGCAAGGUUGGACCGAGCUCGGUUCGUGUCUCAUACGAAGAGUUUGCUGUGCUGCGAGGAGGGCCGCGAGAUCAAGUCGAGGUUGAGCCUCGAUGUGAGAUGAGCUCGUUGGGCACUCAACGGCAGAACGGAGUGUUCUCCGGAUCGCCCCAUGGGGAAAGCGGCAUGGAGCGACUCGUCUUGGAGAAGCGAUGCCUCGACUCCUUGAUAGCAAUGGGCUCCGCGACUGAAGGUAUAAGCCUGCUGCCGCUUCGCCCGUCAAGGCAUCCGGCGCUUCCGUCGAAGCCGCAUCGCUCGCUAAGCGCGACCACGACGCUCCUCAAGUCCAGCAGGACGCGGCUGAGCUUCAGCGCCGUCCCUAUCGGAGGUGGAGGCGGAGCUGGAGUUGGAGUGGGAGUUCAGGCUAACGCCGAUGCUGACCUUGGCUUCGGCGGCCCUGGAUUCUACAAGCACGACCACGUCGGUGUCGGCAUCGGUGGCAACGCCGGCGUCGGCGUCGGAGGCGGCGGAUACCCAGCCUACCCCUUCCCCGGAUACGGACACCACCCCGGCUACGGCUACCCUCCGUAUGGGUAUCCCCCGUACGGCUACCCGCCUUACCAGCCUCAGCAUGGCUCGGCUCCUCCUCCUCCUGGCGGUAAUGGAGGUCCUGGCGGUCCUGGUGGUCCUGGUGGUCCUGGUGGCCCCGGCGGUCCCGGCGGUCCUGCCGGUCCUGGCUCGUCGGGUGACGAUGACUGCGAUGACGACAAGCCCAAAGGCAACCAUCCCAAGGGUAACCAGGGCGGUUUGGGUGGCCCAGGUGGUCCUGGCGGCAACGGUGGCAAUGGCGGCCCUGGCGGAAACGGCGGUAAUGGCGGUCAGGGUGGUAAUGGCGGUUCCGGCGGCUACCCUCCGUACGGCGGAUACGGUCACCAUGGUGGCCAUGGGCCUUACAAUGGCCCCGGGUCUAGCGGAGGCCAGGGAGGCCAGGGCGGUCAGGGUGGCAACGGCGGUCAUGGUGGCAAUGGCGGUCAGGGAGGUCAGGGAGGCCACGGUGGAAAUGGCGGCGCUGGAGGCAAUGGCGGCAAUGGUGGCCCCCGCGGACCUGGUGGCGCUCCUGGCGGCGAUGGAAGCUACUGCACUUGCGUUGCUUAA